AAUUAAAAAAAUAUACUACAAUACUAAUUUGAGCCCCUCCAUUUUAAGGAUAAUAAUUGAAAUAAGAAGUGGAUUUUAAAGGGGACGCUUAAGACCUAAUUUUAGUACCUGUCCAUUUCCAGUCUUUUCUUAUAAGGAAACAAUGGAAAGGAGACUUACAGGAAAGGGGAACUAUCUUAAUGUGCGCAAUUAAGGGUAGCAAAUCAGAAAUUACGGCUGUUUGGGCAGUGGUCGCUUCGCCAUGUUGGCGGAUUCCGGGGGCCACUUGCUCGUUUACCAUUUUAUGACAUAAAAAUUACAAAUCUUAAGACAUUAUACAUUUCAAAUAAUAUUUUAUGCUAUAGACAGUGAUAAAGGUGGGUAGAUGAAAAAGAGCCGUCGUUCGUUUAACUUCAAAGGGUAGACAGAAAUUUCUUAUCCCAAUUCUGACAUUUCUAGAUAUGCAUUUAUUUAUAUAGUGCUAAUCUACGGGUAGUUUUUUUAUACUGCCUUUAUCAUCAAUCAUAAGUAAAGAAGCAACUUCCAGAUUCAAAUAAACUUUUAAUACUUGCUAUGCACUUUUUACUAUCAGAAAAUAAGUUAAGUUGCGUUACGUUUUUAUAUUUUGGCUUUUACUCAUAUGUCAAUUUAAUUUUAGCCUAAACAAAUGAAGUGAUUUUAGCAAAUUGACGUGUAUUUCUAUUCAGUUUUCUCCUAAUUGUCAAUCUGUCUGGUUUUCUCUUUUUUAAAUGUAUAUAUAUUUUGAUGUUUACUAUAUUAGUCAUAUAUUUGUGAUUGGACAUAACAGAUAAAUCCACACGUAUUAAGAGAUACCAUCUGUCAAAAAAAAAACAUAUCAUUUAUAUCUUAAAAUCAACAAAACACUCGAGUUAGAUAUGAAACGACCUUAAAAGGACUCACAAAAAAAAUUUGCUUUCGUUCGAAAUUGGUCUUACGAUGCAGGUCUUAGUAUAUUUGUUAUUUAUUACCGUAGCGUGGGCAUCGCCUCGGUUAGACCCACUAGUGGACAGCAAGCGUGGUCUGAUCCGCGGUCUGCAGGCGACGGACGGAGACUACGCUAUGUUCCUCGGUAUACCAUACGCUAUGGUCAAUUAUACCAAUCCAUUUGGGGCAGCGCUGCCGUACCCUGAUUUUGAAGGCACAUUUGAUGCGUACGAUGAUUCAGCAAUUUGCAUACAGAAUUUACAAAGAACAGACCAAGCUAUCGGUACAUUGGAAUGUCUACAUCUAAACAUCUUUGUUCCUAACAAAGCAUCUUCUAUUAACAAACUUCCUGUUCUGUUCUGGAUACAUGGAGGUCGUUUUCUUUACGGUAAUGGAGGUAGAACGCAAUUCGGUGCUAAAUAUUUAGUCGAAAAAGAUGUUGUAUUGGUUACCAUUAACUAUAGAGUAGGUUUAUAUGGUUUUAUGUGUUUAGACACACCUGAAGUGCCAGGUAAUCAAGGAUUGAAAGAUCAGGUGGCAGCAUUAAGAUGGGUUAAGGAAAAUAUCGAAGCGUUUGGUGGAGAUCCUAACCAGGUCACAAUUUCUGGCGCGAGCGCUGGAGGUGUUUCUGUUGAUUACCACCUUUUAUCAAAGAAAGAGAAAUUAUUCAAUAAAGCUAUCAGUCAGAGUGGAACGAGUUUAUGUCCUUGGGGUGUUAUGGAAUCCGAUCAAAGUGUACCAAUUAGGAUAGCAUCAAGAUUAGGUUGGGAAACUGAUGACAUAAAUGACGCGGUACAAUUCCUAGCUAAUGUAGAUCCUAAAUUAGUGGUAACUACUGCGUUAGAUUUAUCAAUAACUUGCGUACCCUGUGUUGAAAAGGAAUUCGAAGGUGUUGAAGAUUUCAUCACCGAUCAUCCUAUGAAUUACGAUAUAAGUAAAGCGAAGAAUACACCAAUUUUAAUAGGUUAUACAAAUAUGGAGAAACUGUUCGAAUUUUACAACAAACCAGCAGAUAAAUACGAUGAGAAUGAAAUAUUCGAUGAGAAUCUUGGACUAGGAUUUCAUACUGUUGAUAUAAAUCAAGUUUCAUUGGUUAAACAAUUUUAUUUAGGUGAUGAAGCUGUGAGUGAAAUAAUGAAAUAUGAAUUGACAGAUUUUGAUUCGGACUACACUUUUAUUCAUCCAAUACAUAGAAGAUUAUCUAAUUAUUUAGAUAAUGAUGGUAAAGUCUAUCAUUACGUAUUCAAAUACAGUGGGGGUAGAAACUUUGGGAAGCUACGGGAUAAUAUAACAUAUCCUGGUGCGAUACAUUCUGAUGAAUAUGGUUAUUUAUUUGAAAUGACAGCACUGACAGAUACACCGACGGAUGAAGACCAAAUUAUGAUGGAUAGGAUGACCACUAUGUGGACGAAUUUCGCUAAAUAUGGAGACCCAACACCUGAGAUUUCAGAAGUUCUCCCUGUCAAAUGGUUGCCGAUUACGAAAAAUGCUCUCAACUAUUUAGAGAUUGACAAUGAAUUGAUUAUGAAAAAGAGGUCUUAUCACGCAAGAAUGGCAUUCUGGGAUUUAUACUAUCAGACGAAUAAGAAAUCAUUAAAAGGUUACAAAGAGGAAUGACGGUAGAAAUAAAUUUUUUACACCCAAUUUUUUUCAUUUAAAAU